AUGCAAAUUUUAGAACGUUUUACUGAAAGGAAUCUUAGCAAUCUUUUUAAGAAUGCGUACAUUCACACGACACAGUACAAUUCGGAAAAGGGGGCUCACUCAGUAGGGCUGAUGUGGUUGAUGCUGGCCCGGGAAGUGCUACUCAUGCGUGGCAUCAUCUCCCGCGAACACCCGUGGGAGGUCAUGCCUGAUCUAUACUUCUACAGGGAUCUCGAAGAGAUCAAAGAAGAAGAGCAGGCUGCUGCUGAAAAGGCUGUGACCAAGGAGGAAUUCCAGGGCGAAUGGACCGCACUGGCUCCGGAGUUCGCUGCUGCUCAGCCUGAGAUUGCAGACUGGUCUGAGGGUGUGCAGGUGCCCUCUGUGCCCAUUCAGCAGUUCCCCACAGAAGACUGGAGUGCUCAACUAGCCACGGAAGACUGGUCUGCAGCCCCCACUGCUCAGGCCACCGAGUGGGUAGGAACCACCACUGAGUGGUCUUGAGCUGCUUGUUCUGCAGACACUUACGCAAAAUGGA